AUGUCAAUAGCCUCAGAGACAGCAACAACAACGAUAACAACUGUUAGAUUCAAUGAUCACUACCCAUUGAAUGGUUUCAAACUGCUAGAGGUUAGCAGUGAUGUAUUGGAUGAUUUACAAUCAACCGGAAGAUUAGUUAUAAAGGGAGUGGAUAAGAAUGAUGAGGCAGUAUUGUGCACCAGCAUUAAGACAUAUGUGCUAAAGUCAGCUCAUACUUCAAACUCAAUGAUGCUCACCCACCAACAGACUGGCAGUAAUACCUACUCGAUCGAAUCAUUACAACAGCUACACUAUGAGUUGACAGAGAUACCACCUAGACUGGCAACUAUCAAAACUCACUUGCUCAAACGACCAAUCGACAAUAAUCAAUGCUUCAACAAUGUGGAUGGAAUGGUCAUUGACAAUGGCACUGAUGUUAGUACUGCAGUAGGAUAUACUAUGCCUCAAUUGGAAUCACUGGUACAGGCCAGUCCACUUGAAAUACAACAGUAUCUCAACAGUGUACUUCAUGUGUUCCACAUUGGAGACAGGAUUGCAUUGUUCUCUGAAAGAUACCACGAGCGAUUGGUGGAGUUGAUAUUGACAGAGAUAAACAUCAAUGGUUGGUCAUCUCAUUCCAUACCAAUCAAUGAGUGCAUUGAGAAGAUUGGUGACACACCAAGACAGGCAUUGGAGUAUAUCUUUCAUAUCUAUGCUACAAAGUGCGAGGAUAAGAUGUCAAGUAAUAGUGAUCAAUAUUACAAACUAGACACCAAUAUGAUUUGUAUAUUCAGAGGCAAGCAAAUACUAAAGAGUGUUGGAGUAAUGCCAAUGGACAAGUUCUUGGAGAAAUGGACAGACUCUGUACCAGUUGGAUUCACACCACGCUUCGACAUGCUAAAAGGAGUGGCAGUGGCAACGGUGGCCAAGAACAACAACAAACCAACGGCAACAUACUUGAGUGAAGAGGAUUUACCAAUAAUGCCAAAGGAUAGAUUCAUACAGUUGUUUAAGAUCAAUACCAAAUGGAGUCUACCAGAGUUGGAACCAUAUAUUAGACCUAUUAUCACACAGGACGCAGGACUGGAAUCGUUUGUGCUAAAGUUUGCCAGGUCUGCACCUGUUCCAGGUUCAAAGGAGAAAAUAUAUAUGUCACGUUAUUGA